UUCGUACGCUCGCAAUAUUUCGGCUUAUCUUAUAAACACGCCUUUCCCCCUCAGAUCAUCUCGAAAUACAUGCCAAUUGUUCGGGAUUUCCUUUACGGUCAAGUCCAUCUCGCUUGCGCCUAUUCGACUGCACGCAAUGCUUCGUCGGGCCCUACAGUAAUGUGCGUCUGCGCAUCCGCGUACGUGCGACUUGUUUUCCCUUACACGUGUGAAUGAAUAGUUUACCACCGUGCGUCCCAGCAGUCCACGAGUCAUCUGUUUCCAAAAAAUAAGCCACGCACAAUUCAACUGAUUUCAUUGUUCUGAAAAAUGUACACUCUCACCACGCCGAACGGAUCAAGUGUUGAUAGUCUGCAGAGACACGUUUAACCACGUGUCUACGUGUGUAUCCUCUGACCAUCGCCCUGCGUCCUACGUGCUAUUGCUUUUCUCUGUGUGAAAUUUACCUGCUCUCGGUCGAUCACUUAUUGUCAUUCGGAGAUUCCGAUGUUAAGGAGGAUUCAAGAUGUCCCCGAAAUUUUUAUUUCACUUUUCAUCAGUGGUCGGCGAUGUGUUUAUAAUUCGCGAUAUACGCCAGCUAAUCUUAUCGCGUCGGUGUCAAAGCUAAGGGAACUAUUACUGUUCGACGUGAUUGCUUUGGAUGCUAUUAACAUUUCAUUCUGAGCAUUUUCAGUUUGUCAUUUAAAAAAAAAUACUUAAUUUGUAGAUAUUGAUUAAAUCACGAGCGCUUAUUGCAUAUUUACAUAGGAUUACUUAUGUUAGUGGACAUCUUACGACAAGGGAGCCGGCAGAUUUAUAAAUAUUCUGUAGCGUAAAAUCGUGCAUCCGAAAAUAACGGCUUCACCACUGGCCGGGCCGACCCAGGCAAGCCCUGACGAGUUAAAGCAAAUCCGAAUUCGCAUCAGUUCAAUUCAUGCCUGCGUGUUUUGAUAGCAUUGCAUGUCAGUAUAGUUGCGAUUUGAGUAUCUGACCGUGCAAAGAGCAAUUAGCAUUCUCCUCUCCUAUCCUCUCCUUAGAUCCCUUCUCGGCUUCUUGGCGGUACAGAGUUUUAGUUUAUUAUUAAGAGCUCAUCAGGCUCAAAAUAUCCUUUGCCCUGUUAUACGCGUGUCCAACUCCAUAUCGUUCUCUCAAGGUCAAAUCCCCCUUUCGACAGACACAUGGCAUCUUCGAACUGCUCUGACCCGGAGUUGACCCGACACGACCUGAUCUGACCUGACAUUUCCGAGAAUAAGGAAACAUGGUGUCGCAGAUGGCGAACGAUCUGGCAGAGAGGAAUUUCCAGCUCGGCUACGUCUUUCAGACCGAUUCUUACUCCGGUCCUCCCUAAAGAUUCGAAAUCGUCAAAGGAUUCAAAGGAUUCGAAAGAAUUAAAAUGCCAGAAAAAGAGUUCGAAAGAAUCGAUCUCGAGCUCAAUGACAGAUGAUGCAGGAUCAAGCGAGGUGAGUCUGGCUUAUCACAAGGGUCUCCCGAGGAUUACCGUGCCGUUGCCCUCUCGAAGAGAAAGAUGUAUCUUCACCCUGAAGCCAAUUACGCACACGGUUGGGGACUUCAUGGCCAUGCUGAAGCAAGAAGAUCGAGGAAUCGAUCGAGCAACGGUAACUACCCUAGAUGGACUGAGAAUAGCCGCAAGUAACACGAUAGAGUCCUUGAUCGAGGACGACUUUAAACUGAUUAUCAACGACAACGUUUAUACGGUCACGCCGCCCCAGCAUUCAUCGCGCUCUAUGGAGGAUAUGGAAAAGUUGUCGGACGUGCAGACCUUGGUAGGACAGCUUUACGAAUCUUUGCACGUGCGAGAACAUAACGCAGAACUCGAGAGACAAGUCAUAGCUCAACUGGAGGACAUUAGGCUCGAGUUGGAGCCUCUCGAGCAAAAACGCUUGGAACUAGAAACCACUGCUGCGAGACGUGCCAAUUUGUCAACGUGGGCUGGGCUUGUCAUGAUGUCCGUACAGUUUGGUGUUUUAGCCAGACUCACCUGGUGGGAAUAUUCCUGGGACAUCAUGGAGCCCGUCACAUACUUCGUGACUUAUGGCACAGCCAUGGGUUGCUACAUUUACUUUCUUCUAACGAGACAGGAGUACAUGCUGCCAGACGUCCUUGAUAGGCGUCAUCUCCUCGUUCUACAUAAGAAGGCAAAAAAAGUCGGUCUGGACGUCGACCGUUAUAACAGAUUGAAGGACGAGGCCUACGAGCUCGAGACAAUCUUGAAGGUAGUGCGAGGCCCAUUGUGGUCGCAGAAGAACCUUAUUGAGCAGAGACGUCGUGAUAGGAGAAGUUCGAGUAAUUCAAGAUCACCGAGUUCAUCGCCAAGUCCCAGUUCUAGUCCCAGUCCGAGUCCCGAAAGGAACGUGCUUGGAAAGAAGACUAUUUCGAGUUCGUCGACACAGUCGCACCCGCUUAAUACUGUUAUACAUUCAUAAUAAAUAUGGCGAUCGAGUUGCUGCUGAUACAACUUACGAUGAGACUAGAAUCGGCGUUAAGACGCUGCCGUCCAAGGGCAAGAUACCUUCUAUCGGCGAAGAGCGAGCUAUAGAAUGAAUGCGCACCGUUAAUAUGAACCUUGUUUCAGGCUGCUUCGUCCCCAGCCUCUCGCGGUUGCUCCUCUUCGUUUCCCUCUAGAUACAGCAAGCCGCGCUCACUGCCAUUCGUCAUUCUUCUUUAUCGCUUUAAAUUCGUACGCUGCUUAUUAUUUAUACACUAUCUUAUCAUAGCACAACCCUUUUUCGAGGUUCAUACUUAAAUAUCUAACGUUUAAAAUUGUUAAACUCUUCCAUUUCUACCUACCUUUAUCAUUCAAGACAUACGUACAUCGAAAUUAUAUAAAUAAUUAAUAAUAAGCUUUCCCCUUUUAUCACGAGUAUUUGAAUCUCACGAUCAAUCACGAAGAAUGGCAUUUGACGUCUGUCGUUUCUGUUUGUAUUUGCACUGUUAGACACUGAUGUAUAUAAUACAACACAUGAUUUCUAUUGAAUAAAACAAUAUUUAUUAAG